AUGUUACAGAAAUGGCAUUCGGACGCCGCAGAAUUAGAAAGUGAUGUAAAGGAAGAUGGAGAAACUACCUAUGCGAAGGAAAGUAUAGGGACAACACCCUUGGAGACCAAACUUCUUGGAUUAGGCUGGAACAAAUCAGAAGACACCUUGUCAGUGACAUUUCCAUCAAACGAAAAUGAAGUUACGAAAAGAAUCGUUCUGAGAACUAUGGCAAAAAUCUAUGAUCCGCAGGGAUUAGCAGCACCUAUUCUACUCACGGCAAAAGUGAUCUUUCGAGAUAUCUGUGAUUCUAAGCUGGGAUGGGAUGCAGAUCUACCUGAAGAGCUAAAGCGACGAUGGGAGAAAUGCCAAGAGCAAUACCUAGAGAAAUCGGUGUGA